AUGUUGGAAGCCAUAGACAACAAAAAUCUAACGGCACUAAUUUUAUUGGAUUUAUCCAAGGCAUUUGACAGUGUCAGUCAUUCGAUUUUAUUACACAAAUUGAGUUGUAUCGGUGCUUCACCCGAAGCUGUUAAAUGGUUCCAAGACUAUUUAACAGGCAGAUCCCAAUACGUGCGCAUUGGAUCCACCAAGUCAUCAGCUCGCCCGAUAACCCAUGGCGUUCCACAAGGUGCAAUACUAUCACCACUUCUGUUUUGCAUCUAUAUUAAUGAUCUGCCAGGGAGCAUACAAUCGUGUAACCUUGAUUCAUACGUAGACGACUCAAAGCUUUACAAAUCAUUCUGCAUCUACGACUUGGAACAGACAACUAUCAAUUUAGAGGCAGAUCUACAAAUAGCAGCCAAGUGGUGUUUGGAGCACCAAUUACUGAUCAAUCCAGAAAAAACUAAAUUCCUUGUAGUCGGUUCAAGACCCAUGCUGCAGAACGUACCUACAGAAAUAUCGCUAACAUUUUUAGGAAAGACUAUAAGACCUGUUUUAUUAGCUAAAGAUUUGGGAAUCAAUUUGAAUUCGUACCUAUCCUACGACGACCACAUAUCUAAACUCGUUUUGUCGUGUAUGAGAAAACUAUGUCAAAUAAAUCGCGUGAAGGAUAGUUUCGAUAAUGAAACAUUAAAAUUGGUCAUUGAGACACUUGUAAUUAACAAGCUUCUGUACUGCUCUACGGUGUGGACCAACACGUCAUCUAACAAUAUCAAUAAACUUCAAUCAGUGCAGAACUUCGCGUGCAGAGUUAUAUCAGGGGUAGGAAAGUUCGAUCACAUAACUCCGGCGUUGCGCGAACUAAAUUGGUUGCCAGUGGAAAAGUUAUUAUUGGAAAGGGAUACUGUAAUGGCUUACAAGUGUUUUAAUGGACUUGCACCUGACUACCUAGUAGAUAAAUUUAUAAAGCGUUCCGACAUACAUGAUCGAUCGACAAGAAAUCAUGACCUCUUGGACAUCCCUCUGUAUAAAUCUGCUGCAGGUCAAAGAACAUUUAAUUACCGGGGUGUUAAAAUAUGGAAUGACUUGGAUGAUAAACUAAAAAAUAUUACAUCAAUAACAAUUUUUAAGAAAAAACUUAGGGAGAUUUUACUAAAAGAAUCCUAUUAA